CUCGCCUCACGGAGGGAAGGCGGGAGGGCGCGCGCCGGGGCCGCCUGCUCGUUCACUCGCUCGCUCGCUCCCUCCCUCCGCCGGUGGGUUAGUCAGUCAGUCAGUCCGCCAGCAGCCGGCGGGCCCGCGAGCCGCAGAGGGCCCGAGUCUCGGCGCCGGCGCCUUCUCCUGCUAUUGUUCGUCGGGCGGCUGCAGCGGCGGGCUCGGGAGCCCGGGCCCCCGGGCCACCGCAACAUUAUGACAACAGAGAAGAGUUUAGUGGCUGAGGCUGAAAAUUCACAGCACCAACAACAGAAGGAAGAAGGUGAGGGAGCCACAAAUUCCGGCCAACAAGAAACUCAGCUGGAGGAGCCUUCUCAAGAGGCAGCUGAAGGAGAUAAUCAGUGUGAACAGAAGCUGAAAACAUCUAAUGGAGAUACUCCUACACAUGAAGACUUAACCAAGAACAAGGAACGGACCUCAGAAAACAGGGGCUUAUCACGGCUGUUCUCCUCGUUUCUCAAAAGGCCUAAGUCUCAGGUGUCUGAGGAAGAAGGCAAAGAAGUAGAGUCAGCUAAAGAGAAAUGUGAAGGAGGUCAGAAAGAGAUAGAAUUUGGAACCGGCCUUGAUGAAGAGAUCAUUUUAAAGGCCCCAAUUGCAGCUCCUGAACCUGAACUCAAAACAGACCCAUCCUUGGAUCUUCAUUCAUUAAGCAGUGCAGAAACACAGCCUGCCCAGGAAGAACACAGAGAAGACCCAGAUUUUGAAACUAAAGAAGGAGGAGGACUUGAAGAGUGCUGUAAAAUAGAAGUGAAAGAAGAAAGUCCUGAAUCAAAAGCAGAAAGAGAAUUAAAAACUUCCCAGAAAUCAAUCAGAAGACACAGAAACAUGCAUUGCAAGGUUUCUUUGUUGGAUGACACAGUUUACGAAUGUGUUGUGGAGAAACAUGCUAAGGGACAGGAUUUGCUUAAACGAGUGUGUGAGCACCUCAAUCUUUUGGAAGAGGACUACUUCGGACUAGCCGUUUGGGAUAAUGCAACCUCUAAGACAUGGCUGGAUUCUGCCAAAGAAAUAAAAAAGCAGGUUCGUGGUGUCCCCUGGAAUUUCACCUUUAAUGUCAAGUUUUAUCCACCUGACCCAGCACAGUUAACAGAAGAUAUAACAAGGUAUUAUUUAUGCCUCCAGCUUCGACAGGACAUAGUUGCAGGACGUCUGCCCUGUUCCUUUGCAACCUUAGCGCUAUUAGGUUCUUACACCAUCCAGUCUGAGCUGGGAGACUAUGACCCAGAACUUCAUGGUGCGGAUUAUGUUAGUGAUUUUAAACUGGCCCCAAAUCAGACCAAGGAACUUGAAGAGAAGGUCAUGGAACUGCAUAAGUCAUACAGGUCCAUGACUCCAGCUCAAGCUGACCUGGAAUUUCUUGAGAAUGCCAAAAAGUUGUCUAUGUAUGGUGUUGACCUUCAUAAAGCAAAGGACUUGGAGGGAGUGGAUAUCAUCCUAGGUGUCUGCUCUAGUGGCCUUCUGGUUUAUAAAGAUAAGCUGAGAAUUAACCGCUUUCCUUGGCCCAAAGUGCUGAAGAUUUCUUACAAACGUAGCAGCUUUUUCAUCAAGAUUCGACCUGGAGAGCAAGAGCAAUAUGAAAGUACCAUUGGAUUCAAACUUCCCAGUUACCGAGCAGCUAAGAAAUUAUGGAAAGUCUGUGUAGAGCAUCACACAUUUUUCAGACUGACAUCUACAGACACCAUUCCUAAAAGCAAAUUUCUUGCCCUGGGAUCCAAAUUUCGAUACAGUGGCCGGACUCAGGCUCAGACCAGGCAAGCUAGUGCUCUGAUUGACAGGCCUGCUCCACACUUUGAGCGUACAGCAAGCAAACGGGCAUCCCGAAGCCUUGAUGGAGCAGCGGCUGUUGAUUCAGACAGAAGUCCUCGGCCCACUUCUGCACCAGCCAUUGCUCAGAGUCAGGUCACAGAAGGCAGUGUUCCAGAUGCAUCUGUCAAAAAAACAGUGGUCUCUAAAGCACAGAAGGAAACAGUGAAGUUCGAAGUGAAAAAGGAAGAAGAGCCACCAGAGCAAGCUGAGCCAGAGCCCACAGAAGUGUGGAAGGUGGAAAAAACCCACAUCGAGGUCACAGUACCUACCUCAAAUGGUGACCAAACACAGAAGCUUGCAGAAAAAACGGAAGAUCUGAUAAGAAUGAGGAAGAAAAAGAGAGAGAGACUAGAUGGUGAAAACAUUUAUAUCAGACAUAGCAAUUUAAUGUUGGAGGAUUUAGACAAAAGUCAAGAAGAGAUAAAAAAACAUCAUGCCAGCAUCAGUGAGCUGAAAAAGAACUUUAUGGAAUCUGUACCAGAACCACGGCCUAGUGAAUGGGAUAAACGCUUAUCCACUCACUCCCCAUUCCGAACACUUAACAUCAAUGGGCAGCUUCCCACAGGAGAAGGAAAUAUAAACGGCAUUCGCACAGAGGAGGUGGCUGCCGUGACAAAGGGGCCAUCUACCAGCCCUGACUCUGAAUGGGAUGGUCCCAAGCAUUCACUAAUUCCUAGUAAGAGCCAAAUGACCACCCCGUCGGAGUCUCCACAAAGCUUUGAGUUUGGCUCCCUCUCCAUAAGCAGCAAGGAGACAGAAGAGAAGGAGCAGGGAGCAGCUGGCUAUCUUGAUAUUAAGGAAAUGCCGGGAGGCUCAAGUGGGGAAUGUAUAGGAGUGGAGGAACAGGCCGGUGUCUUACAGUUCUCAGUAUCACCAGCUUCCUCUCAGCUGCAACUUGGUGAAAAAAAGGCAGAGAGUAGUGAAGAACAUGUUACACCAGGAGAGCCACUUGGAAAGCACAAUGGAUCAUUUCUUGACUCUCGUGUGGGUAACCAGUUCCCCACCCUCAUUCGAAGUUUCCAGCCUCCCCUGGUGAAGACUCAGACUGUCACCAUCUCAGAUACUGCCAGUGCUUUGAAAAGCGAAAUCCCAACCAAAGAUGUCCCUAUUGUUCACACUGAGACCAAGACCAUCACUUACGAGGCUGCCCAGACUGAUGAUAGCAACGGAGACCUGGACCCAGGAGUCUUGCUAACAGCUCAAACCAUCACAUCUGAGACCACAAGCAGUACAACCACAACUCAGAUUACCAAGACUGUAAAAGGUGGGAUUUCAGAGACGCGGAUUGAGAAGAGAAUUGUGAUCACAGGAGAUGCCGAUAUUGACCAUGAUCAGGUCCUCGUACAGGCCAUCAAGGAGGCAAAGGAGCAGCACCCAGACAUGUCAGUGACCAAGGUGGUCGUCCAUCAGGAGACCGAAAUCUCUGAGGAAUGAGCUCAGGAACUAUCCUACCCCAACUCCCCGCCUGUCUCCCAUCCAAGAGAAAACCAGCAAAAUGAUAAAGAAGCUUUCCUGCAAUAGUCAGACACCAGACUUUGAAAACUACUCUAAACCGCCAGAAAAUUUCACUUUCUAUUUGGAAUUUAUACCAAGAGAGUCUUCUAGACAUCACUGGUUCUUUUAAUACUUUUUCUACAUUGUGAUACCAGAAAUUGUUCAACUUUUCACUCUAUGGACUGUUUUUAAAGAGCUUUUUGGUUUUUUUAUGGGGUGGUUUGUAACCCCUUUAACCUAGCCUCUCUCCAUUUAUUUCCAACCCAGAUCCUGACAGGUCCACAGAAUUCUUGGGGAAAUCCUCCAGAGAUUCUGUCAGCUGUGUUGGGGGCCAAAGCCAGCUUAAUGGGGCUUUCCUGCUCGUCCCCUAGUUUUAUACCCUUUGGAUGUCAGCAGAAACUUCAUUCACCAGCCCUUUCUCAGAGCCAAUGAUGUGACUUUACCAUGUGAGGCAGGGCAGCUGUCCUGAUCCACAGGCCCCAGGAAAACGUCCCUGUCCCUUUGUUGAGGGUGGUUUCAGUGAGGCAGAGAUCUCUGCUAAGAAUGUAGUAUUGUUUUUCCUUCUUUCCUCCUAUUCUUUCUUUUGGGAGCUUCUUUAGAUCAAAGACAUAAGAAGUGGUUUCAUAUCUAUCUGAUACUGUGAAUGUUUGAACAUAUCCGUGGCCUUCACCUUCCUGCCCUCCCUCCCCUUUUACCUCAUCAGAAGCAGUGGCUCUGCUAAGUGCUCCCCCCACUUCCCAUCUCAGGAGACCAAAACUCACAGAAAAAUAGGCACUUUUGGCCAGAAGCUCCAAUGGCACAUUUUUAGUGGCGAUUUAGGCAAGGAGAAAGUUAAUGAGGUUUUAAAAAAGGUUUUCUAGUUCUGGGAAUGUGCACUUCACACAGGGGAAUGGUGGGGUUUACCUCAGUCAGAUCUUGCUAAGAAGUAUUUCCAGGUGACCAACGCUGGGCCUCUUUCUGUAAUCCUGGGAUGACAGGGAAUGCGACUCAGAGAGGAGGUCUUGUCCCUUGUCCUUUCUUCUCCUGACUGGUACCUGCCUGCAGACACCCUUCUGGAGCAAGGGAAUUGACUUUCAGGGGCCAUCCUUCCCACAAAACCCUGCACGACAAGGGGAACAAACACCAGCCCUGCUCGUUCCCACUCGCCAUCUGAGGCCUGUCAGGUUUUAUAGGCUUGAUUUUUGUGGUGGGUUGUGGGUUUAUUUUACUUUUACUUUUUUCUUGUUGUUGCUGUUCGUUUGGUUUUGAAGAUGGGACUGACUGAUGUGCCCAAUUCCACCAUUCCUGGUACGUCUGGGGGCAUUUUUAUUUAAUAGCACUUCUCGAAUCUUCCAGCUUGCUCCCACAAACACAUCUGCCCGGAAGUUCUUGGCAUCUUAUUCUGGGACAGAAGUGAACCUCAUGAGAUAGACAGCAGAUCACAGUCAGCAGUCUCGGGGGGCUCCGGAGCAGUGAGAGACGUCGAAAACCCCUGCUCCCCACUGUGGGAGGCAGCCACCUGUGUCCAAAUCCUCUUCUGGCUGAGUCUUGUUUUAGGCAAACGCAGCUGGUUUGAACUGAUUGCAGACGUGUGCAUUUUCCUUUAGUACUUAUGUGAGAAUAUUACUAGCCGAGAGGCAGCUCUCUCUGGAGAGGGAUGAAGAGCUCAGGUAGGGUAUAUGACAGGCCUGCGGAGACAGGACUGUCCUGUCUCAGGAGCAGACUUCCAGCCCGUGGGCACAGGGUCUGAAACGAUGGGGCUCUCUUGGUGGUACCCGUGCCCAGGCUGCGUCGCCAGGAGUGGUGGUGAGGUUAGGAAUCCAGCUCACAUCAGAAGGCGUGUAACGUGAGCUCCCUUGCCCGUGGCCAGCUGUCCUGUUGAAAGAGCUGCCAGCUUCCCAGGCUGCCAGCUGUGGAAUGAAGAGGGUCGGGGUAAGGAAGAGGGCACAGGGUGAGCAUCAGCGGCCUGGCAUGCCGGGUUCUCCACUGCCUGCACUGAUGCGGCAGCUUUCACCGCACAGGACCUAUGACAGGGGCCCACGCUUCCCCUCGGCUCUGUCACCCGCUCACAGUGCUUCUCCUCCCGCUUCCUUAACUAUAAAUUGGACCAGAAGAUCGCGAAUGCCCUUCCAGCACUGAGAAGCCACGAUUUGGACAAGCUAGGCAGAAGGUGUCCUUCCAAGCCUCUCUCCCUAUCCUGCCUCUCUGGUAACAGAUCUGAGGGUUCGACAGUUGUUUGGAUUUUAUUUCUUCCUGCAGUUGUGUGUGCAUUUGUGUGUGUGUGUGUGUGAAGAAAAACAGAUUCUGUCCAGGUGGAAAUGGUGAAGAGGGGAGGGGAGAGUUUCAUUUCCAGGGUCAGAGACUUGGCAGCAAUUUCCCUAAAGUGACUCAGACACACCACAGUAACAAUUCUCGCUGCAGUUUUAUUUUUAUUUCACUUGAGAAGUAAAGACUUCCUCCAAGCCACAUGAGGUCUCUGUCACCCACCCACCACCCACCCACCCACCAAGCAGGACCUAAAUUUCCAAGCCGAGGGCCCGAAGAACCUGGCCACAGGGACCUUCCAGGGCCUCUUUGCCCUCCGGCCCAGGCCUCCCCAUCGCAUGUUCUGCAGGGCGGUGGAGGGGGGGGAGGGGACAACCGUCUGCCCUGGGAAGUGGAGCCAGAGCUAUGGCCUGACCAACACCACAGAAUGCCCACUGCUCGUGGAAAUACCCGCCCAGGAUCUCAGCCCCCGGCUGGCUGUUUUUACAGAUCUCUCUCAAAUGUAUUAUUUUGGUGACAAAAAUGAAGGAGCUUUGUAAAUUUUUUUAAAAUUAUGAAUCAUAUCAAGUAGUUGUUUACAUUUCUUGACAAAUAGGAACUAUGGCAGCAGAAUCAAAUUGGCAAAAUCUCUAGAGUAAAAAGGCAAUAAUUAGGUCUGCUGUUUUGGCCUUUUGUAGUAAGAGAAGUGGUGUAGUGCUUAGAUUCGUGUUUGGUCUUGCUUCUUGUAUUGCAUUUUUCAAUAAACUUACAAAAAAAAAAAAAA